AUGACGCCGGAGGACAUUACCCGCAUCCGCUGGGUGAGCGAGGUGCGGAUGUCGCCCGACGGACGACGGGUGGCGUUCGUGGUGACGACGCUGUCCGAGGAGCGCGACCAGUACUUGUCCAAUAUCUGGGUAGUGGGCGUUGAUAGCGGACUGCCGCGCCGUUUGACCAGCGGCGACAAGCGAGACGGUGCGCCGCGCUGGUCGCCGGAUGGAACUCGGCUGGCAUUCGUAUCCCAGCGACAGGGUCAAAAGCGUCCCCAGUUGUACCUCAUGCCGCUUGAUGGCGGCGAAUCCGUGCGGUUGACCGAACUGGCGCAGGGUGUUGCCGAUCCCGUGUGGUCGCCGGACGGCAGACGUCUGGCUUUCGUGUCGCAUGUGGGCGGCGAAGAGACGCAGCAGGACGGGGCGGAGGAACCGCGUUCCAAGCCGGCGCGGGUGAUUACGACCCUCAAAUACAAGAUGAACGGCGAAGGGUUCGUCUACGACCGCCGCUUGCAUCUGUUCGUGGUAGACGUGAACGACGGCGAUGUGAACCAACUCACCGACGGCGAUUUCAACCACGGCGAACCAGCAUGGUCGCCGGACGGUGCGCUGCUGGCCUUCCCCUCGGCGCGCCACACCGAGCGUGACGAAGACGAUGCGUCGGACGUGUGGGUCAUGCCUGCCGCCGGCGGCGAGCCGCGUCGCCUGACGGACACCGCCGGGCCGGUGGGGCAUCCGACUUUCUCGCCUGAUGGGCGAAAGAUUGCCUAUCUCGGCCACCGCCAGCGCUACGACGCCGGUUACAACUGGCGUUUGUACACGGUACCGGUCGGCGGUGACACACCGGUCUGCCUGAGCGGUGGCCUGGAUCGCAAUUGUCGCGCGCUGGGAAAUCAAGGUCCGCUGUGGUCCGCGGACGGUAGCGCGCUGACCGUUGGCGUCCAGACACAGGGCGACGUUCACGCCUACCAAUUCGAUGCCAAUACCCGGCAGGCCCCCAAAGUCGUGCUGGACGGUCCCCGGCAGAUCACCGACCUGUCAGCCGCGGCUGACGGCAGCCGGCUCGCCUUCACCACUAUGGAUCCGACGAAUCCUGCCGAGGUGUUCGCCUGUGAAUCGGACGGCAGUAACGAGCGUCGUCUGACCGACCUCAACGGUGAUUGGAAAGCCGAGGUCGGAUUGUCGGCCCCAGAGCGUAUCGCCUGCGAACAUGACGGCUGCGGCCUGGACGCCUGGGUAGUGAAGCCGCACGGUUUCGAGCCCGGCAAGCGCUACCCGCUGCUGCUCAACAUCCACGGCGGGCCGCACAUGAUGUACGGACACGAUUUCUUCGACGAAUUUCAGGUCUACGGCGGCGCUGGGUACGCCGUCCUGUAUGCCAACCCGCGCGGCAGCCAGGGUUACGGCGAGGCGUUCACCCGUGGGGUGAUUGGCGACUGGGGCGGGGUGGACUAUGCCGACGUGAUGGCGGCCCUGGACGCGGCCCUCCAGCAGUGCGAUUUCAUCGAUCCACAGCGCCUCGGCGUCAUGGGGGGCAGCUACGGGGGCUAUCUGACGACCUGGGCCGUCGGGCAUACACAGCGCUUCAAGGCGGCCUGCUCGGAGCGCGCGGUGAACAACGUGCACACGCUGUUCGGCACCAGCGACAUCGGGCAUUCGUUUGCCGAGGCACAGAGCGGCUAUCUGCCUUGGGACAACCUGGAUUGGUACCUGGAACGCUCGCCGCUGACGUAUGCCGCCGACAUCACAACGCCUCUGCUCAUCAUGCAUGCCGAGAACGAUCUACGCUGCCCCAUCGAACAGGCGGAACAACUGUUCGUGGCUCUGAAGAAACAGCACAAAGAAGUACGCUUCGUACGCUUCCCGGAUGAAGGACACGAUAUGUCGCGAGCCGGCAAGCCGCGCCACCGCUUGGAGCGUUUUCGCUUCAUCCUCGAAUGGUUUGCCUCCCACCUCGACUCAUCGAACGGCACAUCAGACACUGCCGACCGUCUUUGA